AUGCCCGCCGAGCAGGACCCGGCCCGCGACCCCGCCACGGCGGCGGCGGCGGCGGAGGACGUCGUGGUGGUGGAAGAGGACCCCUCCACGGGCGACCUCUUCGCCGACCCGGAGGACUACUACCCGCCCACGCCGCCGCCCAAGCAGGAGUCGUACACGCUGCGCUCGGGGGAGCGCGUCACGCUGCACCUCGUCGGCAGCAGCCCGCUCGAGGCGCACCACCUGUGGAACGGCAGCCGCGUGCUGGCCGACUACUUCGAGGCCGACCCGGCGGGCACGGUCCGGGGCCGGACGGUGCUCGAGCUCGGCGCCGGCGCGGGCCUGCCGAGCCUCGUGGCGGCCGUGCUGGGCGCGCGCAAGGUCGUCGUCACCGACUUCCCGGACCCGGAGCUCGUGGCCACGAUGUGGAAGAACGUCGACGGCGUGGAGGACCUGGUCCUCGCGGGCCAGAAGCAGAAGCAGCAGCAGCAGCAGCAGCAGGGGACGGGGGGCGGCGACGGCGACAGGCGGCAGACCGCCCUCGUGGCGGACGGGCACGUCUGGGGCGCCGACCCGGCGCCGCUGCUGGCGCACCUCGACGACGACGACGACGACGGCCUGUCCCCGGCGCCGCUGCCGGUCCGCAAGUUCGACGUGCUGAUCCUCGCGGACCUGCUGUUCCGGCACUCGGAGCACGGCAACAUGCUGCGCUCGGUGCGGACGACGAUGCGCCGCCGCGCCGAGUCGGCGGCCUACGUCUUCUUCACGAGCUACCGCCCCUGGCUGCGGGAGAAGGACCUGCGCUUCUUCGAGCUGGCGCGGGAGCAAGGGUUCCUCGUGGACCAGGUGCUCGAGCGGAGGAUGGACAGGCCGCUGUUCGAGAACGACCCGGGCGACGAGGAGGUGCUCAAGACGGUGACGGGGUGGAGGUUGCGGUGGCCCGAGGGAGAGUGGGAUGAGAGUUGA